GGGCAAGGACAUAAUUUUGUGCCGUGUCAGUUGUUUAACCCCACUUGGUGUGAUAACUGUGGUGAUUUUAUUUGGGGAUUGUCCAAACAGUGUGUUAAAUGUAUCAACUGUCAAUAUACAUGUCAUCACACGUGUGUACCUUCAGUUUCGUUAGAUUGCAAGACAGUUUCGCCAACAGAGGUACCAUCAACACCAGAUGGCAGUGCCGCAGAGACUUCUCUUUCGGAUAAACGGGCAAUUUUAGUGUCGCCCAAACCUGAAAUUCCGGCUAUUUUAGAGGAUAAAGUGACAGCAGACAUUGUGAACGGUGUUUGUAAGGGAGAUAAUCAAACAGACGAAGGAGGUGAAACAUUCCAGGGCUUUCUCAAGGUCACCCUCAAUUUCAUUCGACCAAUCACAAUGUCUCUAGGAGUUCGACCUCCGUCUAUUUAUGAAAUGUUAACCAAGGAACAUAUAGUGGAACAGAACACUCAAUCAAUAGCCUUCUAUAUGCCUAGAGACACUGUCAAAUCCAUCCAUACAUCAAGUAAAACAACAACAAAAGAAGUGAUAGGAGAUUUAUUAAAGAAAUUCCAUAUUAUAGAUCAUCCUAGAAAGUUUGCUAUGUAUGAACAGGAAUUCGAUGGUCACAAAAUAGUAAAAUUACGGAGAGUCACAGAUAAAGAAUAUCCUCUCCAUAUUUGUUUAAACUGGGAUACGGAAUAUUUAAAACGAUAUAGACUUGUUUUACAGGAGAACGAAACUGGUGAAAUAGUGUGGGAUGGUUUCAGUUUACCAGAGUUAAAUAAUUUCCUUGUUGUUUUAUCUCGGGAAGAAAAUGAAUACAUAUCUCAACUACAAUAUAAAUAUAAAGUUAUGAGACGUAUUAUUACACAGAGAUUGAAAGAA